AAUUCAUACCAGAGAGAAACCUUUUGAAUGUCAGGAAUGUGGGAAAACAUUUUCUCAAUCCGGUACACUCAUUACACAUAGAAGAAUUCACACAGGAGAGAAACCUUUUGAAUGUCAUGAAUGUGGGAAAAGAUUUUCCUGCUCAAGUAAACUCAUUACACAUGGAAGAAUUCAUACAGGAGAGAAGCCUUUUGAAUGUAAGGAAUGUCGGAAAAGGUUUUCCUGCUCAAGAGACCUCACUGUGCAAAGAAGAAUUCAUACAGGAGACAAACCUUAUGAAUGUCAGGAAUGUGGGAAAAGAUUUUCUCUCUCAUAUAACCUCAUUGCUCAUAAAAGAGUUCACACAGGAGAGAAACCUUAUGAAUGUAAGGAAUGUGGGAAAACAUUUUCUCACUCAAGUAACCUCAUUCCUCAUAGAAGAAUUCACACAGGAGAGAAACCUUACGAAUGUCAGGAAUGCGGGAAAACAUUUUCACUCUUACGUUCCCUCACGGAACAUCGUAGAAUUCACACAGGAGAGAAACCUUAUGAAUGUCAGGAAUGUGGGAAAACAUUUUCACAGUCAGGUGGCCUCACUAAACAUAGUAGAAUUCACACAGGAGAGAGACCGUAUAAAUGUGAAGAAUGUGGGGAAUCGUUUAGGCACUCAUAUCAGCUCAGUAAGCAUCGAAGAAUCCACCCACUGAAGAUCUGUUAA